CAUAGGUGUCUUUCAGGGGGCGAAGGGUGGCCGGUGAUUCCCGACACGAGUCGAGUGGCUCCGAGAGUGAGCAGAGCCCUACAUAUUCUGAACACUUUCCAAAUGUUGAGCUCGAGUCGUGAAGUGCUGCUCUUGAGGGGGGCGAGGUUGAAAGAGAGUGAGACGACGAGGGAGAAAACAGGCAACGUCCACACAGAUUUUCACCUCUGAAAGCAUCCCAACAGCUCCGCUGACUGCACCGCAGCUCUGACCAGCCUAGUAAAGACACAAAAGAAUCAGUCAGGAUGGCGACAGUCAGUGUGAUCACAUUCAGCUUUCUGCUCACCACAGCUCUUUCUGCCCCUGUGAAAGUCGAGGAGGACUCCAUGACCUUGUUCCACGGGGAGGAUUUCCACAUCAUGCUGCCCUCACUCGCGUCUGAGGUCACGUUUCGGAACAGGUCUUCUCCGCGGUUGGGUGACAUGUUCCUGAUGCGGGGCGGUAACGUGGUCAACAGUCGGGCCAAACUCAACCGCCACCUCAGCCACCUUAUUAUAGACUCUGUGGGUGAGGGAGACGAGGGCGUGUACACUAUGAAGAAUCCAGAGAAGCCAGAGGACAUCAGACGCAUUAUGCUUAUAGUCCGAGAUUGCUCCAACGAGCAGAUCAUUAAAUAUGGAGACAACUACCAUAUUCCGCUGUUAGGGGUGACUCCUCCCAUCACCCUGGAGUACAGGCCCAGCGCUGUGGAGGCCAACCAGACAUCUAGACCUGCUCUGGUGCUGCUGACCAGUACAGGGAUGUCCAGGGAUGGCUACCAGGGUCGAAUCAGCGCCAACGAGCGCCAAGUCACCCUCAGUGCUGUCACGGGUGCAGAUGAAGGUAGCUAUACUGUCAGGAAUGCCGAAGGUGAUAUCCAAAGGAAAGUGUGUCUCAACGUCAAAGAGCACCAAAACUUUGUGACCUUGCCGUACGGUAAGAGACUGAAGAUCAACCUGAUACUCAACAGCUCCUUGGUCCACCUCUACUACAGCCCGGACAGAGACCCCACACCCCAUCUGCUGCUGGACAAGGGAGAAUUUACGAGUGCCCGAACGGAGCUUGGUCUUGAGGACCGUCUCUCUAUGGAGGGUUCAUGGGUUUUUCUGGAUCAGGUCAAGCCUUCAGAUGUAGGCGAGUUCAAAAUUACUGACAUCCUGGGGUUCACUGUUUCCAGCAUCCAUCUGGGAAUACAACCCUAUAAGCUGGAGUCACUGUAUGUGGCCAUCAUUGCCCUGUUGGGCCUGCUGGUUUUCCUUCUGCUGGUUUGUCUGCUGUCCUGCCUGUUCAAAGUGAAGAAGAGAGCCAAGAGGGCUGCUGCCCUGGAGAAGAUUGGCCAGAAAUCUGACGAUGAGGGAGAGGCCUUCAGACAGGUGGUCAAGAACAUCACCAAACUCAGUGAGGAAUCCAAGCAUUCCCAGGCUGACAAUACAGAGAAAUCUCAGAGCACUGAAGUGGACAUUAAAGGUCUGGAGGUUUCCUCUAAAGAGGUUGGGGUUGGUAACCUGGACACCAGUGACUCUGGCGUUGGCUUUAACACCGCCCUCCCACUUGACACUGACACUGAUGCCCCUGAUCAAAACCUCGACUCUGUGGCUGUAAGCAUCUCUGUUGCCUCUGAAACCAAACCAAGUCCACCAUCUACUGCUGCUGCUGAGUCCAAGCCAAGCGCUCCACCAGCUAUGGAAAUAAAUUCCAUUCCAGUAGUUGAAACUAAAGCCUCCCCAGCACCGGAGACCAAGAAAACCCCUGAUCAGCCAGUGGAAGCAAAGUUGGACGUGCCCGAACCAGCAGAUGUUAAACUCAGCCCAGCCUUGAGCCCUGAGCCCAAGGCUGGUCUGAGUCCAGAUCCAAAGCCUGCACCAAGCCCAAGCCCAGAUCCUAAAUCACCUACUUCUAAAGCCACCACUCCAACACCCGAAAGUAAAAGUGCCCUGACUCCCACACCUGACCCCCCGAAACCAACCACACCAGAACCUAUUACUAACGGUACACCUGAGCAAGGCCUGGAUUCCAAACCAAGCCCAGAUCACCCUGAUAUUAUGGAAGCUCCAAAAGCAGCUCCCCCGAAAACCCCUGAAGUGGAGCUGAAAUCAAGUGGUGCCGCAAUGGAGGCCAGCAAAGACGGGACCGUGGCUGAGGAUUCAACCACCACCACCUGAGAACUGCCCCUGCAAAAAUCCAAGGGAAGCUCCACAGAUUUUCUGCAUCUACCACCACUGUAGACAAUCGAUUACCCCUUAACAAAUAAUGAAGAACCACUCAAACAGGGGCGAGGACUUUCAAUUUAACAUGUCUAAUGCCUGAACAUAGUAUUACUUUGAUAACGGUAUCUCACUCACACACUAACGCAUAACCUUUGAGACUUUCUGAUUAAGAUAAUCUUCAUAUAACAAGUUGGCUUGUUGAUUAAUUAAGCAUUUUAGUUGUAUACACACUGCAGUUUUUUUGGUAACUUCUCAGUAAAACUGUCAGACUGCAAAUUAAUUCCUUUGCAGAGUUUACGCAACUCCACAUAAGGUCUUUUCUAACAUAAUGAGGUAGCCAGAAAGGUUUACAACAUUUUACUGAGGUAGGCAAAAAGGUUUACAACAUUUCAAUAAAACAAGAAUAUUCUAGAAUUCCUUAUUUGGCCUCAACUAGCCAUCGUCUCCCUUUUAAAAUGCUUGUUCCUCUAUCAGCAUGUGGAUAAAACAGACAAAAUGCAUGCAAUAUACAGCCAACGUCAUCUCAAACCUACAAAAAUGUGUGAUGACAUUCUUUUGAUUGGACAUCCUCAAGACAGAAAUGAAAGCCCUUUUGAUCACACACUGUACAUACUGUAGCUGAAAUAUGGAUGUUAUACGCUUGUCCUCUGGCUUCAGAAACAUCUGCAAUACAUGAUCACAUAUAUAUAAAAGAUUAGUUUUGCCUAACUUCAACCACAAGAACAUACUAAUAAUACUUACCCUACUAUUUAUAGUCUCUAAAAUUGAGAUUCAGACUCCCAGUGGAUAUCUCAGAUGAUUAAAAUGCGUUUUGCAGACUGAUCCCUUAAGUCCGGAUCAACCACUUUACUGCUUUUGAUCUGAAUUUCCCUGUGGCUCUAUAAAAAUCCCAUUAUUCAUAGUUUAAUAGUAGCAACUCUAGGCCCUUAAUGGGACCACCAUGUCCCCGCUGUACAUUGGGCUUUCCAGAGGUGAAAUACUGAAUGAAAGUGUCUGGUAGGUUCAAAUAGUUUCUUUCAUUAUCCUUCCGUCCUUCCUUGUCUACUUUCAGGCUUUUCCUUUGUCUCCCCCUUCUUUCUUUCAAUCUUUCUCUCCUUUCCUUUGCUGGGCUGCAUUUUACUACAGUACACAACCUUUGGCAGAGAUUAGAAUUAAUGACUCAGUUAUUUAUUUUUUAUUCAAACUUGAUAUUUCCUCUAAAGUAUUUUGUUGUUAUUGAUAGUGACAGAGUAGUUCCUGUGUCUUCGGCCCUCCGAAAUUUGGCAAAAGCUUAAACAUUAAUGCCUAGCAUCUUUAAUGGCUCCAAAACACUCCAAUUAGGCCUUUAUCAAUUGUUCAGACAACACAAAUGAAUGUUAGUUAGAAACUCUUGUAUAGUACAAAGGAGGUGUGCAGAUACAUUUUAGUGUUACAAAAUGCAUGUCCCUACCUCAUGUUUUAACUGACCACUGGGAAACCAAUGACAGUCCAGUUUCGGUGCAUUGAAAUUUACAAAAAGCAGUUUUGAGAGAAGCACAAAAUGACAGCCAUGAAAAUGCAAUCAAAUGAUCAGUGAAUGGUAGGAACAUUGUAAGAGGUUGAUCCAUCUACGACCAACUGGCCUUUCUUGGUAGCUUUCCUGACUAAUAGAUUUUCUUACAAGUAAAUUGAUAUCAGGCGAAACAUCAGCAUUUUAAAAAGCCAUAUGAUAUGAAGAUAGGUUUAGAUGUCAGAUUUGAUACUAAGAUCAAUAAAUAUAAUAUAAAACAAAACAAAAUUAGGGGCCUCGAUGUUGAAUGGACAGACAGUGUCAGAUGGUCAGAUGUAUUACACGUGGCCAAAGACAUUCUAAUGUAAAACACUGGAUAUGCCCAUUUCUAGCCUGGAUCUGUGAAGGAACCACAAACCCAUUUUGGCAAUGUUAACAAUUGUUUUCAUACACACACAUACACACACAGACACACAAACCAGACAAAUAUUCCAGCCUUGUAAAUAUUGCAUGUGUACACCAGUUUAACCCUCUUAAGGCUGAAUGUUUCUAGUGUAUAGAAUGGUUGUUGUAUUAUACUUAAUAAUAAAGAAGAAAACUAAUUUAAAUUUAUCACAGACCUUAAAUCCAGAAUAUAAAAUAUAUACACAUACAGUACUAUAUACUAUAUAUACUAAUAUUCACUAAAGUCUUGAAGUAAUUUAAGAACCAAAUAUUGUACAAAUCCAUCAAGACUAUAUUAGAUCUUUUUAGAUCAAUUAACUGCUGUUAUUGCCAUUCCAACCUGACAAUACUCACAGCAUCUCUCACAGUAUUUACAUGUUGUAUUAAAAUGUUUAACCCACAUCACUUAAAACAUUAACUGCAGCAUGCCCACAACAUGAAAAACAGGCUUUUAUUGUCCUAAAGGAGUGAUGUUGCCAUCAUUGUGUGUUUGGGGUUUAAGUGUAUACACCUGUGACGCACAUAUGUGCGAGUGUGAAUGAUUUAUGACCGAGUAUUUGUGCGUGCUGAAUGCAUAGGCAGUUUGUUCAGGAUGACACAACUGUACUUUAUGUGUGCUUCUCCGUCUGUUGUGAGUAAGGUAUUCAUGUGCCUGCUUAAAUCGUCUUGCAACGUGAAGAAAACAAGUGCUGUGUUUAAUUCAUGAGUGUGAAAGUGUUUAAAGCCACAACAUAUUGUAAAAGAUAUUGUAACUUUAAGAUAUUUGAGUGACUCUUGUCUUUCUUUAGUGCCUAAAACGUAUAAUGGAUAGCUGGCUUGUAUUCUGUCAUUUGCCGACACUCCCUAAUGGCACCUUUUUCUUAAUAGGUAGGGUAUUCACGACAGCUGUUUGCUCACCUGACUGAACAACGUGGUGCCACUGACUGGCCUAUCAUAAUGCUAAUGUGUAGGAGAUCUGUGACAUAUUGUAUCAAAAUGAUGAAUGAAUUAUGAAAGUGAUGAUGAAAGUCUGACCUUCAGGUUUUCCACUUGAUUCUGAGUAGCAUAAUAAGUGCUGAGCCCCAACUGAAUAUUGUCAGUGAUUGUAAUGCCAAGCCACUCCAGCCAGAGUGAGUAGGGAUGUGAGAGAGGCAGACAUGUGUAGUGGGCAGGACAAGCCUGUGGUUUACACGUUACCAGCAUCUCAGAGAAGGCUCAGUCGAGUGGGAUUGGCGUUAUUACAUCAAACUGGUGCCAGAGGGACUCUGGUAUCAUACCCACCGCUGAUAACCCACUAAUAGAAACCACUACUUUUAAUACCACUGGCACUACUUGCACUAUGUGAGUUGUCUCUGCCCUGAUCUUCUCUGUUUACUUCUGCUGUUCUGGUGUGAUGUUCUCCCUUUUUGCACAACACUUCACACAGAUGUUUUGUAUAGAAAAUAUUUUUUUCUUUAUUUCAUGUCUAAAGGAAUACUAAGAAUAAACAAGUGAUUAUGACA